AGUAGUUCCAGCUGGUUCUCUCUUCCGUAUUGGGAGCCAUUGGCCCUCCCUUGUGCUGAGCAGCUAGGAAACCCCUGCUGGGGAGCUCGUAGGAGCUUGAAACCGUCGUCACCCCUCCGUAGACGCUCAUCAGGGGGUAAAAUGGUUGAAGCUGAUCGCCCAGGAAAGCUCUUCAUUGGUGGCCUCAAUACAGAAACAAAUGAGAAAGCCCUUGAAGCAGUAUUUGGCAAAUAUGGACGAAUAGUGGAAGUACUUUUGAUGAAAGAUCGUGAGACCAACAAAUCAAGAGGAUUUGCUUUUGUCACCUUUGAAAGCCCAGCGGAUGCCAAGGAUGCAGCCAGAGACAUGAAUGGAAAGUCCUUAGAUGGAAAAGCCAUCAAGGUAGAACAAGCCACUAAACCAUCAUUUGAAAGUGGUAGGCGUGGACCACCUCCACCUCCAAGAAGCAGAGGCCCUCCAAGAGGCCUUAGAGGUGGAAGAGGAGGAAGUGGAGGAACCAGGGGACCUCCCUCACGUGGAGGACACAUGGAUGAUGGUGGCUAUUCCAUGAAUUUCAACAUGAGUUCUUCCAGGGGACCACUUCCAGUAAAAAGAGGACCACCCCCAAGAAGUGGGGGUCCUCCUCCUAAGAGAUCUGCUCCUUCAGGACCAGUUCGCAGCAGCAGUGGAAUGGGAGGAAGAGCUCCUGUAUCACGUGGAAGAGAUAGUUAUGGAGGCCCGCCUCGAAGGGAACCUCUGCCUUCUCGUAGAGAUGUUUAUUUGUCCCCAAGAGAUGAUGGAUAUUCUACUAAAGACAGCUAUUCAAGCAGAGAUUACCCAAGUUCUCGUGAUACAAGAGAUUAUGCACCACCACCACGAGAUUAUACUUAUCGUGAUUAUGGUCAUUCCAGUUCACGUGAUGACUAUCCAUCAAGAGGGUAUAGUGAUAGAGAUGGCUAUGGUCGUGAUCGUGACUAUUCAGAUCAUCCAAGUGGUGGUUCCUACAGGGAUUCAUAUGACAGUUAUGGUAACUCACGUAGUGCUCCACCUACACGAGGGCCCCCGCCAUCUUAUGGUGGAAGCAGUCGCUAUGAUGAUUACAGCAGCUCACGUGACGGAUAUGGUGGAAGUCGAGACAGUUACUCAAGCAGCCGAAGUGAUCUCUACUCAAGUGGUCGUGAUCGGGUUGGCAGACAAGAAAGAGGGCUUCCCCCUUCUAUGGAAAGGGGGUACCCUCCUCCACGUGAUUCCUACAGCAGUUCAAGCCGCGGAGCACCAAGGGGUGGUGGCCGUGGAGGAAGCCGAUCUGAUAGAGGGGGAGGCAGAAGCAGAUAUUAAAAACAAAACUUUGGACCAAAAUCCCUGUUCAAAGAAACAAACAAAAAGUGGAACCUAUUCUGUCAUAACUACCCAAGGACUACUAAAAGAAAAAAUUGUGUUACCUUUUUUAAAUUUCCUGUUAAGUUCCCCUUCAUAAUUUUUAUGUUCUUGUGAGGAGAAAAGUAAAACAUGUUUAAUCUUAAGGCAUUGCUUUCUUACAAGCAAAUGUUAAAUGUGUUAAGGCUUGACUUGUGUACUAGUGUUGUAAUUUUCCAAGUAAAAGUGUCCCUAAAGGGCCACUUUCUAAUUUUUUCCCAGUAAAUGAGGCAAGCAAUUCUAAGAUUUUCUACAAACAUCUAGCCAUCUAAAAUGGAAAGAUGACUCCCUCAGCCUAUACAACAAAAGCUAGCUAUUAGAGGGUGGUUGGGGUAUGCUACUCUUAGGAUAUCAUACUGUCAUCAAACUAAAAUCUCAAAUGUUCUCAGUAUGAAAAACCUGAGAUCAGAUGCUUAUGUAAAGAAAGUGCUAUUCACCCAGUAAACUCAAAACAAAUGGAUAGUGCUGGCCAUAUUUUGCCUUUCUGACAUUUCUUUGGGAAUCUACAAGAACCUCACCUCCCCUUUCCCCCUCCCCCAAUAAGACCAUUUAAGUGUGUGUUAAGCAACUACAGAAUACUAAAUAAAAAGUUUGGCCAAAACCAACCAUGAAGCUGCAAACGGUGCUUGCUCUUACUGUUUCAAAUUUUUGCAACUCUGUAGUGUCUCACUUUUAAGGAACAGCUUGAUUGCAAAGGAGAAAAUAGAUAAGCAAUGAAGUUAUCUCCAACUUCUCAAAGGCUUAUGACUUCUAAAAAGUGAAUCUAUCAGCAUUCCACAUCAGAUUUAAAGCAUCAAAUGCCUGUGAAACAGCAAAGAUGGUAAGCAAAGCAAACUAGUUUUUCCGUCUAAGUCGAAAUUGAACACUUCCUCAUAGUACAGUGAAACAUACUGUACCUCAUGGCAGUGGAAAUGCUUUCUAGAUUAAAAAAAAAAACUUUUGGAAAAGCAAAGUGUUCUGUAGCACAUUAGAAGUCUUCCAAAUUCAACUCUUGGAUUUCUUUUUUAAAAAAGCAUGUAUGACACUUAAAGGCCUUAAUGCAACUGUUUACCAAUAGCCACCUGGGGCUUGGGAGGGGGGUAACUCUAAGUAUUUUUGAUGAAGACCUUUAAACAUGCUUCAUAUAUUUUAACAUUUUUCAAAUUAGACUUAGUCAAUAUAGGAAAUGGCUUGACUUUGGGGUCCUCCUCUUCCUACCCCUGUAAGCCAUUGUAAACUUGACAUUUAGUUGGAUGCCUGACUUGUUUUUAGUUCUGUGAAACUACACUGUAUGGAGAAAAUCUAUUGCAAGUGGUCUUUAAAAAGCAAAACCUGAGGCAACAUGACCCAGGUCCAGCCAUGGAGUUGAAAAAGAUGCUCUUGAAUAUAGUAAACUUGAAGACCUCCAACUAAAAAUCCUUGUACUGCACUUAUUCCUUCAAAUAAGUUUUGUCCGUUCAACUUAUGGAUUUAACAUGGCAGUGCACCAUUGGAACAGAAUGAGAAUCCAUAAGCCAUGCAACUUAACCAUUUAAGACAUUCCAGUCCAUCCCAAGCCAGUGACUCUUCCACCAAUUAAGAGAAGUAGUAGAACAUGAAAUACGUUAAGCUGCAAGUCUGAACUUGCCUUUUCUUUCUGGCAAAGGGGGCAGUAAGUUAUAGGCAAGUUUUGAAGAAUUUCCUUAAGAAAGAUAACUAGUUAUGUAUUUAAUUUUUACAGGUUGAGGAUUAUGGUCACAGAAUGCUGAUUUAUUCACACUAGAUAAACCUGGCAACAAGAGAAAUCAAAUACUAAGAGUUGUUGAAGCAGAAGAAUGCUGAUUGUGGAUAAGGCACAACAGUUGCAUAAGCAGUGCUCAUCAUAACUGGUUUGGUGCAGGCAAUAGAUUUUUUUUUUUUUUGCCUUCAAGGGUUCUUGUGGGUCCGAGGAAGGCAUCAGUGUUGGUUAGCACUCUUAACUAGGGAGUGGUAGUUACUUAAAAGAAGGAAUGAUUGACCAGGUGGAGAAAGGGGAAUAAUUAAGGAAAUUAGUGAGUGGAGGUAGCGAGGAAGUUCUUACGGUUCUUUAUGUAGAUUUUAUAGCUUUGGCUUUCAUUUUGUUUAGCUAAAGUCAUAGGAACAACUCUAAUUUAGAACUUCCUAAUUAUCAAUGUCAGAAAGUUAAUUAGAAAAAUGAAAGGCAUACAUGGUACCUCUAUCCAGUAAAGUGUCUGAUUUUCAGCAAGUGAAACACUUCCUGUUUAUCCAGAAGUGGGACUUAGUCAUAAAACAAAACUAAAGGGAAUAGUCAAUCUGGAAACUUCAGUAACUGGAAUCAUGGCUAAAAUGAUUGAAAGUAUAUUUAAAAACUGGAAACAAAAUUGGGUCAUUUGGCUUUUAUUUAAACUAUUGAUUUUGUAAGCCUACUUUACCCCUACCUCCUGUCUUGGAAACAAAUUGAGAUAAAACAUCAUGUUGGAGAUUAGAGCCAAUAGUAUAAAAACUACUGUUCAGAGGAAACCGAUUUGAAUUGUUGGGUUAGAAGAACCAAGUCAACUUGAGAAUUUUUGCAUAGCAAAAUAGCAGUACUAUCAUGUCCAACAUUUGCAAUUGUAGAGAAUAAU